AUGAAGGUUGUUCUUGUAAAUGGUGGAGUCAUCUCCGGUGUCGGCAAGGGAAUCAUUGCCAGUAGUGCCGGCCUCUUGCUGAAGACUAUGGGGCUUCGCGUCACGGCUCUCAAGAUCGAUCCCUACCUGAACACAGACGCCGGACUGCUCAAUCCUCUCGAUUAUCUUGGCAUUCGCUUGAGCCGUGAAAGCAACAUGACGACUGGAAAGAUCUACGCCCACGUUAUUGAGAAGGAACGCCGUGGCGACUACUUGGGAAAGACUGUUCAGGUCGUUCCUCACAUCACAGACGCCAUCCAAGAAGGAAUCGAACGCGUCGCCAACACCCCCGUUGACGACUCGGGCAAGGCUCCCGACGUGUGCAUCGUUGAACUCGGCGGUACCGUUGGUGAUCUUGAAUCCGGUCCAUUUACAGAGGCUCUCGUUCAGCUGAGACACAAGCUUGGCCGCGAGAACUUUUUCAACAUUUCCGUUUCAUAUGUCCCCAUCAUCAACAGCGAAGAGAAGACAAAGCCUACUCAGCAUGCUAUUAGACAAAUGCGUAGCGCUGGUCUGAUCCCUGACAUGAUCGCCUGCCGUUGCGAACGUUCUCUCGAUGAUGCCACCAUCAAGAAGAUCGCCAACAGCUGCCAAGUUGAAUAUGAGCAGGUCAUUGGUGUUCGUGAUAUGGAGACCAUCUACCAAGUUCCUCUGCUGCUCCAGGAGCAAGGUCUUCUGCAGCUUCUGCAGAGCGGCCUUGCGCUAGAUAAAUUGACCGUGCCCCCGUCUAUGGUCCACAAGGGCCAAGCUCUCUGGGACUUGUGGAAGAGGACGGUCACGCCUGAACGCCACUUGCCGCGGGUCAACAUCGUUCUGGUCGGAAAAUACGUCUCUUUUGAUGACGCCUACCUCAGUGUGCACAAGGCCCUAGAGCAUUCCACCAUGCGCUGCGGUCGCAAGCUCAACCUCGUCUCGGUUGACUCUGAACAUCUCGAGAAGGACAUGCAGCAGAAAGAUCCCACCAAGUUCCACAACGCCUGGAAGGCUAUUUGCGAAGCCCAGGGCAUCAUUGUGCCUGGUGGAUUUGGCUCUCGCGGUGUCGAUGGUAUGGUUGAAGCCACCAAAUACGCCCGCGAGCGCAAAAUACCCUUCCUUGGAAUCUGUCUUGGUCUACAGGUUGCUGUCAUGGAAUUUGCUCGCCAUGUUAUGGGUAUUAGCGAUGCCACUUCGGAAGAAAUGUCCGCAGAGGCGGAUAACAAGGUCGUUAUUUUUAUGCCAGAGGGCUCCAAGGAGAAAAUGGGUGGGACAAUGCGACUGGGUACUCGUACUUCGCACUUCAAGCCUGGAACGGAAUGGAGCAAACUGCGUGCCAUGUAUGGCGGCGCCGAGGUUGUCGAGGAGCGUCACCGUCAUCGCUACGAGGUUAAUCCCGAGUAUAUUGAGAAGCUGGAUGCUGCUGGUUUGAGCCUCACUUCUAUGGACGACAAGGGCGAGCGUGUCGAGACAAUUGAGAUCAAGGAUCACCCCUUCUUCGUUGGCCUUCAAGCUCAUCCGGAACUCACUAGCAAGGUUCUUAGCCCGUCACCUGCUCUCUUGGGUUUUGUCGCCGCUAGCUCAGGCUGCUUUGACACGGUGGUCAAGACCAUGACCCACAAGCAGGAUGGCGCCAACGGAACCGGGGACGCCAGCCUUUUUUAG